GACGCGGGGAGAGUCGGGGAGUGGGGACAGCGCUGGAAGAGGAAGGGAAUCGCGCAGCAGCCCCGGGGCAGACGCGGGAGGCCGGUGGGCUCGGGUAACACGCUGGGCCCACGCUGGGUGGGCCUGCGGCGCCGUCCCCUGCUCGGGGCCUCAUCGGAGAUAAACAAUAGAGGCUUCUCUCGAAAGAGCCAAACGUUCCUGCCCAAGAUCUUCUUCCGCAAAAUGUCAUCCUCAGGGGCCAAGGACAAGCCGGAGCUGCAGUUUCCCUUCCUGCAGGACGAGGAGACGGUGGCCACGCUGCAGGAGUGCAAGACGCUCUUCAUCCUGCGCGGCCUGCCCGGGAGCGGCAAGUCCACGCUGGCCCAGGUCAUCAUGGACAGGUACCGGGAUGGCACCAAGGUGGUGUCCGCCGAUGCCUACAAGAUCACCCCCGGCGCCAGAGGAGCCUUCACCGAGGAGUACAAGCGGCUGGACGAGGACCUGGCCGCCUGCUGCCGCCGGGACAUCCGUGUCCUCGUGCUGGACGACACCAACCACGAGCGGGAGCGGCUGGAGCAGCUCUUUGAGAUGGCCGACCAGUACCAGUACCAGGUGGUGCUGGUGGAGCCCAAGACGGCCUGGCGGCUGGACUGUGCCCAGCUCAAGGAGAAGAACCACUGGCAGCUGUCGGCCGACGAUCUGAAGAAGCUGAAGCCUGGGCUGGAGAAGGACUUCCUGCCGCUCUACUUUGGCUGGUUCCUGGCCAGGAAGAGUUCCGAGAGCCUCCGCAAAGCCGGCCAGACCUUCCUGGAGGAGCUGGGCAACCACAAGGCCUUCAAGAAAGAGCUGCGACACUUUGGCUCUGGGGACGAGCCCAGGGAGAAGAUGGAGCUGGUGGCCUACUUUGGGAAGAGACCCCCAGGUGUGCUGCACUGCACAACCAAGUUCUGUGACUACGGGAAGGCGGCCGGGGCAGAGGAGUACGCCCAGCAGGAAGCGGUGAAGAAAUCCUACAGCAAGGCCUUCGUGCUGACCAUCUCCGCGCUCUUUGUGACACCCAAGACGACGGGAGCCCGGGUGGAGCUGAGUGAGCAGGAGCUGGCCUUGUGGCCGAACGACGUGGACAAGCUGUCCCCCUCCGACAGCCUGCCGCGGGGCAGCCGCGCACACAUCACCCUGGGCUGUGCGGGUGACGUGGAGGCCGUGCAGACGGGCCUCGACCUGCUAGAGAUUGUGCGGCAGGAGAAGGGGGGCAGCCGCGGCGAGGAGGUGGGUGAGCUGAGCCGGGGCAAGCUCUACUCCUUGGGCAACGGGCGCUGGAUGCUGAGCCUGGCCAAGAAGAUGGAGGUCAGGGCCAUCUUCACGGGGUACUACGGGAAGGGCAAGGCCGUGCCCACCCGCGGCGGCCGCAAGGGUGGCAGCUUUCAGUCCUGUGCCAUCCUCUGAGCGCUCCUGCGGCCACGCAGCCCCGCUCCUUACAGGGGAAGCGGAUGCAAGGGAAGCCGCCUCUGCUUGAUCUUUGAGUCUUUUUUUUUUUUUUUUUUACUCGAAGUAGUUAACCUUCCUGUAACUUUUUUAAAACUUGUAAAAUAACUUUUCCUGCCCACCCCUUCCUCCUCUAACGCUCAAGCUCUCAACACGAGGGGGUGAGUAGGCACCAUUCAGGCACCCAGGCCAAAGCCGACGAGGCCGGGCCGAGCUGGGCCUGGACCACAGCCACGACCCCGAGCCCCAGUUGAGUUCCUGGGCCCCUAGGCCCACUGCCCCGCCCAGAGCCUCCGCAGUGCUGCACAUACCCACAGGCUGCUCACCACCAGUGAGCAAAAAAAAAAAAAAAACAAAACUAGUGGUGGAUUUGAGACAGGAGGACCCCCUGGGCUUUGAUCCCAUUUUUUAAUCAGUGUAGCCCCAGGAAGCCUGAGGCUAUUUACCAGGGUGGAAAAGGAGUUUACCUCCCACCUUUGGUCUUAAGUGCUUGUCCCCUCCUCACACUGUAACCAGGUAACAGUCUGAUAACUAGGGAAGAAAAUGAAUAAGCAGCAACCACAGCCCAGGCUGGCUGCGGGUGUCACCCAGGCAAGGCUCUGCUGUGUGGAUGAUGAGAUCAAGGCCAGAGGCGGUGCCUAGGUGCAGACGCUUCCAUCCUGCUGCCUGCCCAGCCCAUCUUGCCUCCUGGUGCCUCUGGAGGCCCUGUGCCUCCACUAAAGGGGGUUAGUGGGUAUCAAGAGCCAGUGGAGUGGCCCUCGGCUCCAAGCCCCACCUGUGCCUGUGGGAAGGGCUUUUUACAUUGCUAUGUGCGCUGUGCUGUGGUUCCUGGGGUGCCCUCGACUGCCCUUUGCUCAGUAACAGGACCUUGCUAAUCAGGGUGUCACUUGACAAAAGUGCCUGGGAUUUAAGUUCCUAUCCUGGCUUUGCCCAGCCUCAGCACCUUGUAAGACUGAUGAUGAAAUAAAUCAUGUUAAUCCA